UAGAGAGAGAGAGAGAGAGAGAGAAAGGGAGAGAUGGAGAGUUUUAAUAGGAGCGCCAGAGGCCCCUACGAGCCAGCCCGGGGUGACCAAUGGCGGCGCUGUUUAUAAGUGUCCCGUCACCCCUCUCAGCGGCAGCGGCCCAUGCGAACAAGUUCCCUUUGAUACGACCGGUAACACAGAGGUCUUGGACAAGUCUAACCAAUGGUUCGGAGCUACGCUGGCAAGCUCGGGACCUGACGGCCGCAUCCUGGCUUGUGCUCCUCGACUAGUCUGGCUUCAGACUUCCACUAGUUCCCCCACCGACAAGGAACGUGAGCCGACGGGAACGUGUUUCGUCGGACACUCCGAUUUCACCAACUUUGUGAACUACUCCCCGUGCCAGAGCACAGAUAGAGAGCUGUUUGGAUUUGAUAAGAUCACCCAUUGUCAAGCUGGAUUCAGUGCACAAAUACCAAGCGAUAACAGUACAUUGGUCAUGGGAGCUCCUGGAAGCUACUAUUUACAAGGUCAAAUCUUUGCCCAAAGUCUCUCCACAUUAAGUGAUGUAAGCAACACACCGGAGCAAGCAGUGGCAUUUGAUAACAGCUACAGGGGUUAUUCCCUCGCUCUUGGUGACUUCAAUGGUGACGGAGUUGAAGACUACGUUGUGGGUACACCUAGGGGGGAGUCUCUUCGGGGACUGGUGGCCAUCUUUGACCAGAGUUUGGUUGAGAUCAUUACCCCUGUUGUUGGGGAGCAGAUAGUCUCCUAUUUUGGAUACAGUGUUGCUUCUGUUGAUGUCAAUGGCGAUGGCCUUGACGACCUGCUGGUAGGAGCACCCAUGUUUACAAACCGUGAGCCGGCUACAGAGAAGUGGGAAGCAGGACGGGUGUACGUGUAUCUACAGAACGCAGAUCAUUCCUUAGGAGCUCCUCAAAUGCUGACAGGAAAGAAGAUCAGGGCUCGCUUUGGCUUCUCAAUCACAUCCAUCGGUGACUCAAACCAAGAUGGAUUCAAUGAUGUUGCCAUUGGAGCUCCCUAUGAUGGUGAGGACAACUCAGGGGUUGUUUACAUCUAUCAUGGCAGCGCAGAAGGACUUAGACUGACAGAGUCUCAGGUGUUGACCCCAUCCGAACUUGGCUUCAGUGACAUCACAACGUUUGGUUUCUCGGUCGAUGGCGGACAAGACAUGGACCAAAACGAUUAUCCCGAUCUUGUGGUUGGGGCAGAGAGUGCGGACGCUGCCAUUCUUGUAAGGACUCGACCAGUGGUUUUGCUGGAAGCGGAACUCACCAUUGAGCCCAUCGGAAUCAACCUUGACAACAAAACCUACGAGCUUCCUGACGGUACCAUGGUAACCAGUUUCGUUGCUAUGGCGUGCUUCACUUACACCGGUAAUCAUCUUCCUGCCCGCAUUGGCAUCAGCUACACCUUGACGGUGGAUUCUAGUAUCACCAGCGGUAGAAGGGCGCUGUUGGAAGUCAACGAAAUGAGCCAAGUCACAAAGAAUCGAAACCUCGACGUUGGGAUGCAGUUCUGCGACCCUCUCCGAGCAUACGUCGUGAACACCAUCCAAGACAAGCUUACUCCCAUCGCUGUCGAUCUUCAGUACGAGCUGAACCCGGAUGAGUCCAUCCUCCUGCCCUAUGAGAUCCUACCCAUCAUCAACAAGGAGGCUGUGUCUUCACAAACUAAGCAGGUGUCCAUUCAGAACAACUGUGUCAAUAACAUCUGUAUCCCAGAAAUUGGCAUCACAGUCACACCUAAUCUCCCGAACAUUGUGAUCGGCCAGGCCCAAGAGUUGACUCUAGUAGUAUCCAUAAACAACCGAGGGGAAGAUGCGUUCCAAUCUACGCUCGCCGUCUACUACCCGGAAGGGCUUCAGUAUGUCAGGCUGGAGAGGAGAGCUAACAUGGACUUUUCUGUUACAUGCACUGAGGACUCUGCUCUUCGCAUGAUCACCUGCGACACAGGAAACCCAUUGGUCGGCAAAUACAAUCUUGAAUUUGGCCUGACUUUGUCAACCUUGCAAGUCAGUGGAGAUAAAGAUAACAUUGAGUUCUAUCUGGUAGCCGGGAGUGAGAACAAUGAGGAUCCAAACACACUAGACAACAAUGAACUGAACGUGACAGUCGCUGUUACUGUAGAUGCUACCCUCAAGUUGCUCAGUGCGUCUUAUCCAGAAAUUGUGACUUACCGUGUGCCAGAAGACAACAUCGUACCUGAAUUCCCAACCAAGAAUGCAUCAGAGGCUGACAUUGGCAUGGAAGUGGUGCAUCUUUAUGAGGUCCGUAACACAGGCUCAAGCAAUGCUGCCGAGGUCACACUGAACAUCAGAUGGCCCGAGAAGGAUGAGAACGGAGACUAUCUUUUCUAUCUCUUGGGAAUAAUGACAGACGAAGGGGUGACGUGCCAGAUCUCUCAAGGACAGGCUAACCCACUGGGAGUCAAGCUCGAAGCCAGCACAAAAGAACAGCUCUCCAACUCGACGACGCAGGUCAGCGGUCGCCGAAAACGCGAGGGGGAGUAUGCCGAAGCUCUGGCCCAGGCAGAACCCAUUUUCUGCACCCCAGAAUCCUGCGUUCUCAUCAACUGCACCAUAGAUGAGAUCAAGGCCACUAAGAGCAAAGUGGUGCGGAUCCUGGGACGCUUCUGGGAGAGGACAUUCCAGAAGGCUGUUAGCGAGGCGGUGCCUGUCAUACAAGUAACCUUAGCAUCUACUGCAACUGCUACCGUGAGGUCGAUUCCUUACAACAUACCCCUCCCCAUGGAGUUCACUGACUCAACCAAGGCAUCAACGCUGAUCACAGCUGAAGAGUUAGUGCUUCCUCCAGUCAGCAUCGCCUGGUGGAUCAUCGUAGUGUCUGUGCUGGGAGGCAUCAUCUUACUCCUCAUCAUCAUCUUAGGAUUAUGGAAGUGUGGCUUCUUCGAGAGGAAGAAACCUGGAGAAGACCAGAAGGAAUACGAGCCGGUCGCCGUCACGGAGAAAGACGGUCCGCCCGAGGUGUAUGACGCACCAGACCGCUCAUCAGCUAACUCCACCUUCCUAGUCUGUUCUUAUUGAUAUGAAUCUUGUCCCUUGUUUGUGUACUAUAAUAAAAGUAUUUCUUCUUCCUGGCGUGAGAAUGAUUGCUAGAGGUCAAAGGUCAAUGACGCAUCUUUGCCGAAAUACGCCCGUAAGUGAGCGAUGUUUCUUCAACUCUCUCUUUGCCAAGAACCUAACAAAUUGUCGGCUAUAGACAUGGUACAGCGUAUACGUGAUGUCAACAAUGUUAAAGCACUACAUCUUGUUAUAGCUUGUACUUUUGAAACGGUGAUAGAAAGUUGUGCUUCUGCACCUACUGAAUGUGAAUAGCCAUGAUGAUUUUUACUAAAAAUGAAGGUCGUAUAGAGAGGUAGAGUUGAAGGACCGAGAUGUUUAAAAAUGAGACCAAAGUUAUGGACUGUAAGCAGACUUUUGAGUAGCUACAUGUAGCUAUGUGUGAUUGGUAAAUGUACAAAUUAGUACAAGCAGAAUACAUGUAGUUUUGUUGCGUGCUCAAAAGCAAAUGAGCCCAGACAUCGCUCAAAUUGAUAAUGGUAAAAUGGAGCUUUGGGAACGGAAUGGAAUUGGAUUUUAUUUCUGAAGAUGUUGCACUGGGUUAUCUUGGUUUAAAAUAGGCAGGAAAUAAAGAUGAAGAGUGGUUGACUAUGUUUCAGUCGUACAACUCUUGAUUUAUCUCGAGUUUUAUCUUGAUAAAUUCCAAAUGCCUUCAUCUUCUUCAGACGUGUGAAAAUGGUAAUGGUUUUAAACUUAAAAGUAAUUAAGUCUGAAUUUUGUAGCACACAGGUUGUCUCAAGAUAUGCCAAUUAUGCUUUGAAUCAAAUCAAUGAACAGUUGUGAUUCAUUUGUGAGAUUUAUUAUAAAAAGAAUCACAUAGUUGAUUGAUGGCCUUGAAAUGCUAUCUAUCUGAGAAUGUGUGUUGUGAGUGAUAUUUAUUCAUCAUGUGUAUCUGUAGAUGAUAUGUUUUUGAAGAAACUAAAACAAGCCUGAAAGUAAUCAUGCUAUGUUAUCAAAAUGAAAUAAAUGUAUUAUAAGGGUUAUUAUAUGGUCUAUCUGUAAUGAUUAGGAUAUGUUUUAUUUAAAGGUAAAGAUCAGUUUUGGAAACGCCCCCCUCUC